AUGCAUGUGAAACUGACGUGUUCGGUGGAGCUGGACUGUUGCCCGUGUUGCGACUGCGGACAAUGCUGCUGCGGGUCGAGCACGGCCGGCUCCGAACCUCGGGACGCCGGCUCGGAGCUCGGGGACGGAACAGACAUAAACGGCGAUCAGACGUACUACCGGAAACAGGCGCAGUCGGUGUCAGAUUUCGCUUCGGGCUCCACGCUGCACGGACUGCCGCACAUCUUCCCCGGCGCGCCGCUCAGCAUCAGGCAGGUCGCCUGGGCGCUGGCGUUCAUCGGGUCGCUGUCCGUGCUGCUCUAUCAGUGCUCCGACAGAGUCAAGUUCUACUUCCAGUACCCGCACAUCACCAAGAUAGACAUGGUCCUGGCCGAACAGCUCAACUUUCCGGCGCUCACCAUAUGUAACAUGAACAUGUUCCGGUGGAGACAGUUCACGCAGAAUGACUUGUGGUACAUGGGGAAAGGCCUGAAGAUUUUAGAUGAAAAUAAUAACCUCCGCUGCUCUGAAUAUGCAACCCCGGGAGACAUCGAAUCGCUCAAAAGGAAGGCGAACUUUGAUUCUUUUAAACCGACGCCCUUCAGCAUGAUAGAAUUUGCCAACAGGACCGGUCAUCAGAUCGAGUCCUUUCUCUUAGACUGUAAGUGGAAAAACUUCACCUGUGGGCCAGACUACUUCACACCUCUGCCCCAGGUUUUCCUGUUUUAA